AUGCGCGCGACAGUUAAGAAGAAGGAGGAGGAAAGCGAGAAGAAGAAGAAGCUUGAUGAACCCGCGUCUUCUUCUUCUUCUCUGGAUGUGUUGACCGAAGGGUUGAAACGAUCCAUUUUGCCUCAGAUUCGCAAAUUGGACGGGACGAUCGCAAACGCGAGAUGGAUGCAAAAAGAAGUCACGGAUGCAACCGAUCGGUGUUCUCUCGAAGUGGAGAGAGUGAUUUCUACCACGGUUGGAGAAGAAGAAGAAGAAGACAACACUACGAAAGGAGAAAGAGAAAGAGAGGAAGAAGAAAUCGACGAGCGGUUACGAAACGUGCUCGAAUCGGUCUCCAAAUUGCGCCAAAGAAUGGCCAAAGUGGUCGAACGAGAGCGAGCGCAACGAGAGAAACUUUUACGCAUGCGGAGGUGCGAUUUGGACGUUCUCCGAGCGAAUAAAGGAGAGGAGUGCGAUUUUGAAGCCGUUUUGAGAGCAGAGGCGUACGCGAAACAGCAACGAUAA